UGAAAACGCAUUCGAAGUUCGAAUUUCGAAGGCGCGUCGCGUCGGCUUCGGACGUAAAGCGUCUUCUUGUUUGGCGAGAAGAAAAUUAAAUUUCGAACGCGGUUUACAUUAAUUAGUGUUUAAAGUUAUUUCUGUUUUUUAAAGUGGAUUCGAAUUUUGAACUUUUAAUUAGGUAAUUUAAUUAUUGAUACAUAGGCAACUCGAAAUAUAUUUUCAAUAAAAUGUGAAUCUGUUAUUGGAAUUUUAAGAAAGUGAGAAUAUAAAAUCAAUAGUGUAAAUGGAAACACUUCGUUACUGUGAAUUUAAAAAUGUUGCUUUUUGCUAUUUUCAUGAUAUUAUUUUCGUCGGCGUCAGCGUACGUUUUGGAAGAAGAAUGCCUUAACUACACAGUGUACCCAGUGCAAUACGAAUUAAGUCUUACGCCUCAUAUUUAUAAGGACGGUAAUUCAUAUUAUGACUGUGAUAUAGUGAUUACUGUGAUCGCAAAUGGACCAAAUGUUAACAUUAUUGAACUGGAUGCAAAAGACUUAGAAAUUAAGCGUGAUUCCGUACAAGUUUGGGACGGAAGUGUGAACUUAGUGAACGAAUAUAGGCCGUAUGAGUUUGAUAAUGCUAAAGGCAAAUUGUUUAUUUACUUGAGAGAACCUCUGAAACAGUACAGUGUGUCGAGAAAGCAGUACUUUAUAAAGAUUUCUUUUAUCAAGAGAGUGGGCUUAGAAAGUGAUGGGAUUUUUCUUACGGAAUACGACGAAUAUGGGCGAGCUCAGUACCUCUUCACAACCCGGCUAUCACCGAACAAGGCCAAAUACUUCUUCCCGUGCUUCGAAAAUCCUCAAUUCGAAGCGGUGUUCAAGUUCAAAGUGUAUGUGGCGACACCGCAUCUCAAUCUGCAGAACUGCAAUACGAGCCUUGUUAUUGCUGAGGAACAGAAACGGCAAAGUUCAUCAAACAGCUACACGAUCAUCGAAUACACGCCGUCCCCUCAAGUGGCACUCUAUCAAGUUGGGUUCCACCACUCCAAGUUUGGUAGUCGACAGAACACAGCGAACAAAACUAACGACACCCUAAUAAUCUGGGCACCAGGUCCUUCUUUAAAGCAUUAUGACUUUAUAUUGAUUUAUGGUGAAACCAUUAUCAAUUUGCUUCAUGAAUAUGCGGGAGUCAAUCGACCUCUUGUGAACGGCCCGAUCAAUAUAGUCGCCGUACCGAAGAUAAUACACGGAUAUGAAACUGGGAGCUGGAAUUUGUUGACUAACAGUGACACAAGAUUAUCUCACAUCAAUGAAUUCACAAGCAUAGAACAGACGGAACAAAUGAAGUUUGAGCUAGCUCAGCAGUUGAGCCGGAUUUGGCUGGGUAACCCAGGGGAGGUUCAGCGCACCCGUUGGAAAGAGGAAUGGUUUAAAGAGGGCGUUGCUGGCUACUUAGCAUAUUAUUUAUUAACUCAGUACAAUAACGGAAUGGUAUCAUACAAUCAAAGACUACCAAUCGCCAUGUAUGGACUGAAGAUGAAGCACAAAGCGAUGGCGGUGGAUUGGGCUCACAGCACACCAGCUCUGGCGUCCUUCAACAGGACACUGGCUAUAGAGAUACCGACGAGAUAUAAGGAGCUAGUGACUAUGAAGACAGCUUCAUUAUUAUGGAUGGUUGAGAAUUGGCUCGGGUCAGAAAAAUUUCAUCAGGCUUUGGUGAACUAUAUCAAUAGCAGGAGAGGACAAUACAUAUCCCUGAUUGACUUCAUGGCAAGCCUGGACCGGGAUACAGUAGAAUGCUUCCACCAGUUCUUUAACGGGUCCACGUCAUCCAGGGUCUUGAACUCUUGGUUUCAUCAGUCUGGAUACCCUGUGGUUAAUGUGCUGGUCUUGAGAGAUAGAACACCUAAUGCAGUGCAAUUGAAGCAGGUAAAGUUUAGCUUCAUCGAAAAAGACCGACAUGACUCCAAUUACCUCAUCCCGAUUUCAUAUAUCGUCCAGCACAAUCAGAACUGCUUUAACUGCUUCCAACCAAGGUUCACUAUAGGGAGCCAGACUUAUACCUUCGGAGAGAACCUCAAUGGUGGUUGGAUUAUAUUGAACAGGAAUGCUUCAGGAUAUUAUCGAGUCAAUUACGAUGAAGAAACAUGGAGGCUGAUCGCGAAGGCGUUGCAAGAGGACCAUACAUCUAUAGACGAAUUAAAUAGAGCGCAAAUCGCAAACGACGUGUUAGCACUGUACGCGGCUGGCAGCUUACGUGAAGAUAUUGCGUUGGAAGUUCUGGAUUACUUGAACAAAGAGAUCAGUCAUGUGGUGUGGGACGCCGUAAUAUCGGGCUUUCAUUUCCUGCAGACGGAAGGCGUUAAGAUGACAAGAGCGUUGUAUGAAGAAUGGAAGCAAUUCAUGCAAAAUAAAGUGUCAACAAUAUACAAGAGGUUGACAAUGAGUCUGGAACAGCGCAGCAACACCCGACUGUUCCGCAGCGCCGUCGUACAGUUCGCGUGCUCCGUCGGUCACCAGCCGUGCUUGCAAGAGAUGACCCGGCACUAUCGGGAACAUAGCCAUUCUAAUAAGAGGCUAAAUCCAGACUAUCGUGAGACCUGCUACUUCUUGGCCCUCAGUAGCGGCAAAACUGAUGUUAGCGGAAAGAACAGAUUUGAACUUGAAGACAAAAUGAACGCUGAACAUAGAUUGCGGUUAGAAAAUAAAUUCUUGUACAGAAUUCCAAAAGGAGAACCUAAGCCUUUACCAUACAUGAAGUCUACUACUACUAGUACAACCGAGAUUGCAGUAAUAUCCACGCCUCAAGUCGCAAGCAAAGGAACAACUUCUUUAGUUUCAUGGUUAACAAUACUAAUUACAGUAGUUAAGCUUAUGAUAUUCGUUUAAUUUGAUGCUAAGGAUUGUAUUACUGUAAUGAGUCAAUUUUCAAAAUAAAAUAUCAAUAAUGAAUGUAAUACUGCCCUUAUUUUCAAAUUAAGUGCUAUAUUAAGCAUAAGCACUUUUUAGUAUCUUUUGAAACUAUUUAUUUUAUUAUUUUACAAAUAUCAAGUAGGUACCUAGGUAAUUUAAAAUUCGACUAAUUUAGAUUUUGAGAAUUAAAAAAAUGUUAGAACUUGAAAAUUGGUUUUCAAAAUUUUAUUUUAACUUUGUUAACAUUCCUAUUUUGAAAUGGUGCUUUUAAAUAAAAUUUAUAAUGAGCCUUAAACAGUGUCUUAAAAGUCUACUAAAUUGCACUUUAACACUUUAAUGAAUGAUUUAUAUAUAUACACAGAAGUAGAUAGAUACGUUAUAUUACACUCGGCUAAUAUGAAGACUUAAAACUGCCUCUUUUGGCCCACAUUAAUGUUAUUGUAGAUAUAACUACCUAUCUCUUGUAUUCUCGUGCGUUGUAUAACUUCUGUCUAACUCAUCCGCGAGAAUGGAUUUUACAUGUCAUGUAAACAUGAAAGUUCCAUAUAUUGUGGUAUAAUAUCUCAAUUCAGUGCACGUAAACAUAAUUUCUAGUCAUAGUAAUAAUAAUUAAUGUCCAUAAGUCUUAUUUACGGUUCAAUUUAAAAAAAACAUGAAUAAUAUGCUUAUAACUAUAUUCAUAUUUAUUGUUUUUUAAUUAUUUGAAUAAAAUGUACAUAAUAUUAAUCUUUCAUUAUAACUAAGCUUUAUAAGUAAAAUUAUAGAUAAUUACUGUUUUUAUUGUAAAAAUAAAGUGAAUAUAUAACAAA